AUGAUCACAGAAUCAGCAAUGGAUGGCCUGACUUUGCUUUCCUCGGUUCGAGAUCCCCAUGAGAGAACUUUGAACGUGGAAUGUGUAGUGCUGAGAAUCAAAAGAUUUCAUAUUGAUUCCCAUUUUCUUCAUCUCGCUGAUAUUCACAUGUUUCAUGAUAAAACAUCCAACACUUCCGAUGACAUUGGAGUUUCGAAUCAACCAACCACAAAUUCCUUUCAGAGUCUCACCCAUUCCUUCAUUCCCAAAGAUGCGUUUGAAUUAACUGUGACGGAUGGUACCAUGGCUUUAAUCAUCAUUCUCUCUCCCGUGAUGAAUUCAAUGAUCAUACAGUCUCAGAUUAAAGAACAUACUCUUAUUCGAAUCACAAAAUUUAAAGUUUUAAUGGAUGAAAAAGUGAAAGGAAAGCAAAAACGAACAAUCUUUAUUCACUCAUUAGAAGUGGUUUCACAAAAUAACUUGGAAUAUUCUCUGGAUGAUUUUACUGAAAUUUUAGAUGAAGAAAAGGGAAAUAUUCGUCCCAUAAUGUCCGAAAGAGGAUAUUACAUGCCCUUACUGGAUGAUGAUAAUUUUGAUUUUGAAAUGUUUACUGGAACAGUUCCACAAAUUUCACUCGAAGAUCCAACACCUGAUGAAACUUGUCAAUUGGCAGAAAUUAUUGCAAGUUCUAAAAGAAAUUCAUUUUUUGCUAGAAUUUACAAAAAAUCGAAAAUUCGAUAUUAUGGAAAGACCUAUGAAGAGAAAUCAUAUCCAAUGUUUUAUACGCUCUUGAUCACAGACAAGUCAACACCAAAAGGUGUGCCUGUUACCAUAUGGAAUGAUCUUGCUUUACAUUCAUACGCAGAAUUGAAUGUUGGAGACAUUAUCAUUGUUAAUGACUACCGAGUGAAGCAAUUUUUUGAUUCAGGAGUAUUUACUGUCAAGUUUAAGAAUGAAAUUUCGAUUAAUUCAUCCAAAACAGAGCAGCCAAUUCAAAAAAUUGAUCCCAAACAGUUGGAAGAUAUCAAGGAGUUUGCACCUUUAUCAUUUCCUGUGUCAACGAUUAAUGAAAUUAUGGAACUCUCACUCUCUGACACAACUGUCAAUAUUCUAGGAGUAGUUGUGAAUGUUGGACCCUAUCGAAGAGAAAAAUUUCAUUCUCAAUUUUCUCAGUACAAAUACUUGACAUUGGUAGACCCUAGUUCAGUACAAAUGAUGUCUGUAAAAUUGUUCACAAAUUCCAGGAAGAGUUUAUUAGAUUCGGUGCAAGUAGGGCAAGUAAUUUUUAUCAGUGAUCUCCGUGUGAAACAAAUUUCAACAUCGAUCGAGGACGACUCGGACAAGUUUAUCUUCUUGGAAAGUACAUUUGUAACUCAUUUCUUUACAGAAGAGUACUUGAAAGGUUCAGGAUUUUUCUCCAUUGUUGAACACUCGAACGACAUGAAAACACAAGUUGAAGCAAUAUUUUCAUGGCGAAAUAAGACAAGGAAAAUAAUUAGGAAAUAUAUGGAUUGUUCAAUCAGCGAUUUUGACAUGCAUGGAGUAUCACGCGAAUAUCCACUACCAGAAUAUCAAGAUUUGGAGUCUUUCAAAAAAGCACACCCGACUGUCAAGUGGAUUUAUUUCAAGGAAUUAUUCGAGAUUCCAUCAACUCUAGUUUUUGAGGAAAACCAAAUUAUCAUUGUCAAGUGUAUCAUCAAUGAUAUCCAAAUUGAACGUCAACAAAAGCGAAAGCGAUCACAAAAUGAUUCCACUCCAGGAAGGAAUAUGAAAUCACCAUCUAAGAAUGCCCUCAUGAGCGACACCCUGAACAGUCACAACACCUUUGAACAAUAUUCAGAAACAAGCUCUGAACCUGGGUAUACUCUAUUGCGUAUGGAGACUGAAAGUGUGAAUGGAGAUCGACGAUUGGAUCUGGUCAUUCCUGUUUGGAACAUGGAAUUUACUCACCCCUCCUACACGUCACUUCCAGAAUUUGUAAAUGUUUUAGACGAACAUUUGGAAGUCAUGUUGCAACACCAGAGUACUGACUCGCAGUUUGAUACUCUCGAUCAAGUGGUUGAUUAUUAUAGACAAGCUGUCAACGGUCAGUCGUAUAUUUGUGUGGUUGAAAUUCUUUGUGUGGGACAUGCAGAAUGCAAAUAUUUUGUGAAUCACAUGUUUAAGGAUGAACUUUGA